AUGUACUAUCUCUUUCUGCUUUCAUGGAAUUUGAUGCUUGCUAUCCAUUGCGCCCAUGCCUCUCUCAUCAUGCAAAACAAGCUACGCGUUGAGCGCAGUUAUGUGCCGGAAGGAAUUGCUCGAGGUGUCUUCGAAGCGAUGAGGGAUGACAUGAUCCCGCAUCCUCAAGAUGCGAUAAGCAAGAAGCUCUUGACCAUCAAUGGCGAUGCAGGAAAGUCCAUUGAUUUUUCCAAUAACUGGGACAAAAUCCAAGCAUUUCGCGAUAUCACCAACGAAGAACCUGAAGCUGCAGGUAAAGUCAGCGGCAUCUUGCGAAUCCAAGAAAUGAAACAAAGCGUCUACGAAUAUGCCAAAUGGAAAGUCAACGAAGCGGUAGAGAACCGAGUCAUGGAAGAUGGCGGUACCGUCCACCUGUACCUAUCAAGACCCGAAUCCUCAGCACUAGCGAACCACACUGAUACCACAGACAUCUUUGUUCUUCAGCUCUCUGGAGCGAAAGAAUGGAUUCUGUGUGACAAUGAAGCUUCAAGAUUAUUGGACAAGAACCUCAGAGGAAAGCUCGAUAAGUGUACAACCUACACUCCAGCUGAAAUGGACAGACUAUACUGCGAGCGAACUACGCUCUAUCCCGGUGACGCCCUCUACCUUCCCAAACAAGUCGUCCAUUCUGCUAGAGCCACUUCCGAUGGUUUGUCUGCACAUCUAACGUUUGGAUUUGCAGACAACACUUGCUCAUUGAGCGACAUGGACACCUGCCUAUCUCCUCGAUUGAUUGAUCACAACAACGAGAGGAGAAGGCUUACAUGUAACUACGAGGAAGGAGGAUCGAGUUGCAAUACGAGCUGCGACGAGGCUUGCAAUUCGGAUUGUAACAGCAAUUUUGGGACAAGUUCCUGUGACGGUAGUUGCAAUAUGGGAUGUGAUGGAGACUGCAAUAUUUGUGUUCCACAGAUCUGCAACUCUUUCCAAGGAGGGCGUGAGUGUUUUGGAAGCUGUGAUGCGAAUUGCAAUGCGGACUGUAACGAAAGCUGCAAUUCAAGCUGUGACGGCGCUUUUAACAGCAAGUGCAAUUCCGGCUGCGAUUCCAGCUGUGAUGAAAGUUGUGAUUCCGACUGUAACUCCAAUUGCCGCAUUUGCCCCACGCCACCUCCGACACCGCCACCAACAGCUCCUCCCUCAGCUGAGCCAAGCACGAACCCUUCGCAGAUUCCAAGUUCACAGCCAUCGACUCUCCCUUCGGCUGAACCAAGUGCCAGCCCUUCCCAGACACCAACUUCACAGCCAACACCAAAACCAUCACUAGGGCCUACAACUCCACCGACUCCUCCACCAACGCCAGGACCAACAAAUUUACCGACGCCGGGGCCAACAGCUUCCCCCAGCUCAGAACCGACGCCAGGUCCUAGUCUGUCGCCUACUCGGUCGGACUCUUCCACACCAACUGCAUCUCCAACUCCAAAACCAUCUCCAGGACCGACCACUCCACCCACACAAACGCCAUCACCUCUUCCUUCAUCAUCUCCUACGGAGACUCCGUCGGCGAUGCCAACUUUCAAGCCCUCUCAGAGUCCUUCCAGUUCCCCCACGGUUAAUCAGACGCAAGCACCGUCGCAAACGCCAUCUAUCUUGCCAACUGCAAUCGAAAUCAUCGUGGCCCCGGAAGCAGCCAGUAUGGGCAAUUCGAUGAUCUAUGGUAUUGCUGGAGGCGCUGCUGCUCUGCUGUUGCUACUUACAUGUCUAUAUGGUCGAAAGCGAAAACGUGACAUCGAAAAAACUUCCGUCGAAGUCAAGGAACGUGGAGAUGGAUCCAUCAAGGUGAAGAAAACAACCAAAUUCAAAGGAAGCCCUCGUGAACAGAUCGAAAUUAUUGAUUUUCCCAACGAGCCAACAGCGAAUGCAAAUGGUUACUUUUUGACAGCCGCAGAAAAGCCUGUGAAUCGAUUCAAUUCCGCUCCAAUGAUUUCUCCAAACGAUUCUCCAACGCAAUCUGUGUCAAGUGACAACGUUCCCAUGGCUUCGGCAGUUGUGCCUGAUGAUUUAGAGACUCCCUUGGCUGCACCUGCAUCGGGAGGAACUGAAGAAAGUUUGAAAGCAAAAGAGGCAGCUCGCCGAGAUAAAGUAGGAUCUGCUGCUCGACAGAAUGCUGCCGGCGGAUCCAGAAGAAGCGGCGACAAAAAGUCCCGCUCUCGCAACAAGGAUUCCCGUCCUGGGGCCUUUUCUUCAGAUAAUGGUAAUCGAGAUGCUGAUGGUGGAUAUAAUGAUUCCAAAGCGGCUCGGAAGUCUGGCAAAGAAUCAAGCAAAAGAUCCAAUGGGGGAUCGGGUUCUAGUGCCAGCAGAAGCAAAAGUAGACAUUCCUCUGACGAGAAGUUAGAAGCUCGUCGCCAUCGCAGCAGUGGCCCCAACACCCCUGGUGCCCAUCACGGAGACUCCAAGUCUCCUCGAUCCCAUAGGAAAAAAGGUUCUUCUUCUCGAGGCUCAAGAUCUGGUGGACGAUCCCGUAAAGUUGUCGCCAGCGGCGAAGUGAAAGAGAUUCCACCUCCAGACAUUUCUGAAUCCAACGCUUAA